AUGGUCUUCGAGCAGCCUCUCGCUCCAGUCGAGUCGCCGGCUGAGGGUCCCGCGUCCUCGUCGUCCCUCGCAACCGCGGGCCCAUCUACGACCGACACCGCCAACGCCCCUGGACCAGCUGCAACCGCCAGCACUACAUCUACCACGCCCCUCGAUCCCUCCAGCACGUCGACUGAGCCCGCAACGGCCAUGCCGCUCGACCCGCCAGCUCAGCAACCCUCCUCCGCCUCCCCGCUCGCUCCGCCGCCCACCACAACCGCCACCGAGGAGCGCGUCAGCAGCCUCAAGGCCACCGAGGGCGACAUCGUCGACGUCCACAUGGGUGACGGCCCGCUCAACCCGGACGAGCCGACUUGUGCGCCUGUCGCCGCCGCCCCGGCCGACACGCUCCCCGUCGCAGCGGCAUCGCCCUCGACCGCCAUCGACACCUCGACAGCACCCUCCACCUCGACUGCGGCGCUCGGUACCUCGGCCAUCUCGCUCGACACGGCGCCGUCGGCCAAGGUCGAGGGCGACCGCGAGGUCGACCAGGACAAGGCGCUCGCGAGGGCGGCCGCGAGCGAGCUCACGCCGCUCGCCUCGCCCGUCCUGCGCGAUGCGACGCCGUCCGAGGCGGCGUCCGACACGACGAGCGCUGCCGGCCCCGCCGUCGCGGUCAGCGACGUCCCGCCCGAGCCCAGUUCGGCCCGCUCCGAGCUCGCCCACCCGCUGUCGGCCUACACGUUCGCCAACACGACCCUCGUCCCUGCCGACUCGACGACGCUCCAGCCCUUCUUCUUCGCCAACUUCCCGCCUGUCGAGCUCGCCGUCUCGUGGGCGCGCAGCAAGCGCGGCGACGACCCGGAGGCCGACAUCCCGCCCGACAACGAGCCCGGCUACUUUGCCACGAGUGCCGAGCUCGUCGAGAGCCGCAAGCGCGAGGCGGCGCGCAUGGCCAAGGUGCGGCGGCGGCUCGCCGAGAUGGGCCUCGCGCCGGACGGGUCCGUCAUGCCGCUCCCCGCCGAGUCGGCGCAGCAGACGGGCAAGGGCAAGGGUCGAGGGCGGGGGAGGACGGCCAAGGCGGCACGCGCGAGUGGCUCGAGGAGCAGGGAGGCGUCGAGCGGCAUCGACGGCGCGGCGGCCGCACCCGCCACGGGCGCUCGGCGGGGCCGUGCGCCCAAGGCGUCGGCGCUGCGCGAGGUGCGCGCGCAGGACGGCGACGAGCUCGACGACGACGACUACGACGCCGAGCCGCCGCGCUCGCACAAGGCCAAGCCGAGAAAGGCGUCGCCGCCGGCUCCUCCAGUGCUCAAGGUCGAGCUCGCUGCCACCCUCCUCCAGGACGACUUGCAGACGUCGACGCCCUCCUUCCUCGACCCGCACCCCGCCUUUAUCGACGAGCUCGACCCCCCUCCUCACUACCUGCCCGACGGCGCCGACCUCGACGACCUUCCCGCCGUCACGGGCCCCAGCCCGGCCGUCGCCGCUCGUCUCGCCGCCGAGGCGCAGGCCGAGAAUGCGCGGGUCGAGGAGGCGCUCGCUGCCGAUGCGCGCGCCGCCGCCGGAUCGGCGGCAAAGCCCGCCCCUGCUGUCGCGCCCGCCGCGCAGGAGCCUGCCGCCGCCGACGAGUACUUUAUCGAGAAUGACUUUGGCGGCGGCGAGAAGGACGAGGGCGACGGCGAGGAGGAGAUGCGCGGUGUCGAGGUCGACGGCACGCCCGUCGGCGCCGGUGCGAGCGACUCGGCGUCGGCGGCUCGUGCGUCCGAGACGCCGGGCCUCGGCGAGACGUACUCGGAGAACGAGACGAGCGCGCUCGGCAGUCGGUCGUCGUCAGUCGCCGCCUCGAGGCGCACCACCACGUCGGCCACCGCCACCGCCGACGGCGUCGCCAACCCGGCCAAGCGCGCCCGUCAGCCAGAAGACGACGAGGGCGCCAAGGCGGCCAAGAAGAAGAAGAGCGGCCGCGAGUCGACCGUCGUGUCGGACGUCGCCGUCGACGACGAGCCGCUCGGCCCGCCGGUCGAGUACGUCCUGCAGACGACGACGUGCCUGUCGAAGAAGGUCGACGGCCAGACCCGGUGCUGGCAGUGCAUCGCGCGCAGCAUCGGCCACGGUUGCUCGUUUAUGGGCAUCCGCUCUUUCGGCGUCGACCACCGCGGGCGCAUCGUGACCGGGCCCGUGUUCCGGUCAGCGGUCGAGGCCGACGACGUGCCCAACCUCGACAAGCCGUACACGUCGCCGAUGACCAAGACGCAGAGCACGCUCCUCAAGACGUGGCUCGCGAAAGAUCUCGUCAAGCUAUUCGAGCGUGAGUGGCGCCACGCGACCAACCCGAACACGAUCAAGGUCCGCAACGACCUCGUCACGCACUCGACGUGCGACACGUGCAACACGGCGUGCGUCGGCGCCGAGUUCAUCUGCCAGACGUGCGGCCGCACGGCGUGCACCGUCUGCUACGACCGCCUCGUGCAGUACGACGCGCUCGAGACGAGCGGCGGCACGGUCCCGACGACGGCCGACAACCAGCGUCGCCGCAAGUGCAUCGCCAAGAAGCGCGGCAAGGACCAGUCGGGCGGCGAGAGCCACCGGCCGGCGCAGUUCAUGUCGGUCACCCGGCUCGACGCGAGCAAGCUCGAGCGCAUGCGCCAGGUCGCCCGCAACUGGCACUCGUCGCACAAGCUCCAGGCGUCGGACCCAAAGGUGAUCCAGUACAUCAUGGACAAGUUCUGCGUCAAGUCGAACCUCAAGGAGUAUGACGCCGACACGCACCGAGUGUGGCAGAUCGCGCACAAGACGUUCGAUGAGCCGUUCUUCUUCGAGGUGUGGCGCCGUGGCGAGCCGAUCCUCGUCCGUCGCUGUCCGCCGGUCGGGCUCGCCAAGUACACGCCGAGCUACUUUGCGAGCACGUGGGGCGACCAGGUCAUCGACGUCGUCGACAACCGCAGCCCCGAGCGGCCGACCCCGAUGACCGUGCGCGAGUUCUUCCUCGCCAUGACGCCCGAGGGCAAGGCGGCUCGACGUGCCCUGGGCUUCGACGACGCCGAGAAGACGUAUCGCAACGUCGGCGACUGGCCAAAGCAGGCCGAGUGGUACGGCGACUUCAAGGAGCUCUACGAGGACUUCCUGUCGUUCCUCCCGCUCCCGAACGUCUUCCACCCCGACGGCGUCCUCAACUGCAUCGGCCACACGCCCGACAACGCCGCACAACCUUCUCGCGGUUCUCGCCUGCUCGCCUCGUGGGACACCGACGCGGCGACGCCGACGGUCAAGCUCCGGACGUCAAACACCGACAUCGCGAGCUACAUGGUGUGGGGCGGUCGCGACCCCAAGACGGACAAGGCGCUGCGCGUCCGGUGGGACAUCUUCCGCGAGGAGGACGUUGGGAAGCUGCGCGACUUCUGCUUCGACCUGCUGCACUCGCAGCAGCCAAAGGGCACGAGCAACUCCAAGUUCCGCGAGCUGCACGACGACCCGCUCCUGUCGCCGACCAUGUACCUCACCAAGAAGCAGCGUGCGGCCCUCUUCAAGCGCUCGGGCGUCAAGCCGUACCCGAUCUACCAGUACAUGGGCGACCUCGUCAUCGUCCCGGCCGGGUGCCCGUACCAGGUCAGCAGCUGGAUCGAGCACAUCAACCUCGAGAUCUCGUUCCUCGCCGGCUCUCGCGUCGCCGCCGCCAUCAAGACCAACACGGCCUACCAGCACGCGACGCGCGAGCGCACGCUCUGGUACCACGACUUGAUCCAGCUCGAGACGCAGCUCUUCUACACCUGGAUGUCGUGCGACGCGUUCGACCGCGCCGGCAGGGUCGGGCUCAAGACGAUCAAGAGCAAGCUCUCGUGGCCUUACCCCAAGGACGACAAGAACCGGCCGAUCGUGCCCGCCGAGGAGGAGAAGCGCCUCGCCGAGCUGCACGAGCGCGAGAAGCGCGGGAGCGAGAUCAGCGCCAAGAUCAAGGCGGAUGCGGCCAAGAACGGCCCGACUCUGACGCCCGCAUCGGUGGCGCUGCUCGCCGGCCUCAGGGGCGCAGGUACGGCGCCGGCCCGUGCUGUCCCUCCCUCGUCCUCGGCGCCUGCGGGAGCUGGGACGGCUGCGACGACGGACGGCGGCGCCUCGGCGCCGGCGUCUUAG